AUGAGUGACGAUAUUGCCUGCGGUUUGCUGCUGAUUGGGCACAACGAUGUGUCCUCAACAUUAAGACCAUGGGCUGGCCUGGAUAUGGCAGAAUGUUCCACGGGUUGUGGUGGUGAUGGUGGGAGAGGUGUUUUGGUUGCUGAAGGGGAUGGUGGUGAUGGUGGUGGUGGUGGUGAUGGGGGUAGAGGUUUUUUGAUUGCUGAAGGGAAUGGUGGUGGUGAUGGUGGUGGUGGUGGUGGUGAUGGGGGUAGAGGUGUUUUGAUUGCUGAAGGGAAUGGUGGUGAUGAUGGUGGUGGUGGUGGUGGUGAUGGGGGUAGAGGUGUUUUGAUUGCUGAAGGGAAUGGUGGUGAUGGUGGUGGUGGUGGUGGCGAUGGGGGUAGAGGUUUUUUGAUUGCUGAAGUGGUGGUGGUUGUGGUGGUGGUGUUGAAGCCCAAGCCAUAA